AUGAGAGAUGGAAGGAUAACUCAAUCAGGAAAAUACAAUGACAUUCUCCAGACAGGCACUGAUUUUAUGGAACUUGUAGGUGCACACAAAGCAGCUUUAUCUUCAAUUAAGUCCUUGGAGAGAAGACCAACAUUUAAAAAAUCAAGUACCACCAAAGAAGACACAAAUUCAUUAAGUGAUUUUGAACUUGAGCAUAAUGUGGAAAACAUAUAUGAUCAAAAUGAUAAGUUAGAUGACAUGGUUGAGGUCAAAGGACAACUUGUUCAAGAAGAAGAACGGGAAAAGGGUAGAGUUGGGUUUAAAGUAUACUGGAAAUACAUCAUAACAGCCUAUGGAGGAGCUCUUGUACCCUUCAUAUUACUUUCACAAACGCUCACUGUGGGGUUUCAGGUUGCAAGCAAUUAUUGGAUGACUGUGGCAACUCCUUAUGAGAAGGUGCUAGAAGCAUGUUCCUUGACAAGAGACCUUGAGGUUCUACCAUUUGGUGAUCAGACCAUUAUUGGAGAAAAGGGAAUCAAUUUGAGUGGUGGACAGAAGCAAAGGGUACAAAUAGCCCGUGCUCUAUACCAAGAUGCUGAUAUAUAUCUCUUUGAUGAUCCCUUCAGUGCUGUGGAUGCUCAUACAGGAUCCCAUCUCUUUAAGGAGGGCUUGCUUGGCCUUUUGAAAUCAAAAACUGUGAUAUACAUUACUCAUCAAGUAGAGUUCUUACCUGAUGCUGAUCUAAUAUUGGUCAUGAGAGAUGGAAGGAUAACUCAAUCAGGAAAAUACAAUGACAUUCUCCAGACAGGCACUGAUUUUAUGGAACUUGUAGGUGCACACAAAGCAGCUUUAUCUUCAAUUAAGUCCUUGGAGAGAAGACCAACAUUUAAAAUAUCAAGCACCACCAAAGAGGACACAAAUUCAUUAAGUGAUUUUGAACUUGAGCAUAAUGUGGAAAACAUAUAUGAUCAAAAUGAUAAGUUAGAUGACAUGGUUGAGGUCAAAGGACAACUUGUUCAAGAAGAAGAACGGGAAAAGGGUAGAGUUGGGUUUAAAGUAUACUGGAAAUACAUCAUAACAGCCUAUGGAGGAGCUCUUGUACCCUUCAUAUUACUUUCACAAACGCUCACUGUGGGGUUUCAGGUUGCAAGCAAUUAUUGGAUGACUGUGGCAACUCCUGUUUCAGCAACUGCAGAACCUGACGUUGGAAGCUUUACACUUAUGGUUGUCUAUGUUGCUUUGGCAAUUGGAAGCUCCAUUUUCACCUUUGCCAGAGCAUUUCUUUCUGUGGUAGGUGGGUAUCCAAAAGUGGAACACCCGUUCUGGACCCUUCAAACCUACGAAAAUUUUCCAACUGGAACGACUCGUUCUAAAACCGGAAUGGCCCUUUCUCAAACCCAGCAGAACGGCCCUUUGUUAGUUGUUAGUGGGGAGAUUCGAACCCACACCCUCUUAGUCACUCAACCUUAUAUCCCUCUCCCCAAACCACUUGGACCACCCUUAUCACUCCGAAUAUACAUAUUGUAUGAAAUCACCAUAUGA